CAGUUUACCUGUAAGUGGGCGGUGGAUUUACCUGUAGCCGCAGGUAAAAUACGGCACGGCGGGGCGAAGGAACGAAUCUCACCGAUCAAAGCUUCAGCGCGAGCCUAAUCUGAGAGCGCGUGUUGCGCGACGAAAUCGACACGUUUGACCCGUUUUCAGUCAGUGAAUCAAAACAAAGAUCGAUGAAGUGGAGGUUAUAACGCGUCAGAAGGAACAUAUUUCACUCUCGGGCUACUUCCGCGAUCUUGAACGCUAGAAGUUGCGCUCAAAACAACCGAAGAUUUCAUCCGAGCCUAUGCGGUCCUGAAUGUGGUGAGUUAUGCCUGGCCACAGCAUAGGAUCACAUCACAAGACGCGUCCUCAUAGCUCAAGCCGUUCUAGGGCUGAUGGCUACAGGCAAAGCCGCACCUACUCCAGGGACAGCAGCACCAGUCAGGAGACCUUCAAGGAGAACUACAGCGAGCAACCUCGUAGCAUAGACUCACAGUUCCCCCGUAAAACCCAUCCUCUCUACGCCAAUGGACGAGGCUCAGAAACCCUGGGCUUUAUCCCAGGCUCCGCCGACUCUCCUCAAGGUACGCAAGCCUGCGGCUCAUGCGCCUCUCUUGGCUGGAGUGGUUGCAAAGCUCUGCUGUGCUGCAUUCUGACUUGUGGGCUUUAUGGGUCUCGCAAACCUUGCUUGCCGGCCAACGAAAGCUCCACUGACAACCCUUUAAAAGCCGAGCCAGAACCGAAGAAGCCUAAUGGAUUGGCUCUGUCCAAUCCCACGUGUGGCAUAAGCCUCGAACCGAGCAAACCGAGGCAGUUGCCAAGCUCUGGCAGCUUCAGGUACGGCGACGUUUAUUUUGCUGGCAAGAAAGUGGAGUACCCUGUCAACUCUGAGGCGCCUCCAAGGCGGACCAGAACGGCUGGGAAGGGCGACAACAACCAGCGUCCCAUCAGCAAUACCAGUAUCUACUCAAGGGAGGAUUUGGAUCUAGACGACCUGGACGACGGCGGCACCGAUAUCGACUCACUGAUCACUAAAAAGCUUCUAGAACUUUAUAAAAUGCACCAGAUCGAGCAGCUUGCCAAAUGCACAUCCGACGUGUCCUUCUCCCGGAAAACCAACGAGAUCAGCGAUCUGAUCAACAGCAUUGCUCAGGACUACAACUUGGAGGAGCAAGAAGCGGAGUGUCGACUGGUGCACGGCGUCAUACGCAUCAGCACCCGCAACAAAUCCUCAAAAGGUUACAAAAGCAAAGACUAUAAAUCGCAUGAUGCAAUGCAGCAUACUAACGGGAGGAGGGAUGGAACGCUGCCCGACAGUGGGAACGAGACCAUGACCUUCACCUUUAGUGAUGGCGAACCCGAGGUGCUAGUAUCAGAACUGACACCGUCAGAUGAGCUUGCCCGAAAGAUGAGAGGCCACAGUGGGAAAAAUUACUACUCGAGCUCAGCCACAGACUCAUCAGGAGCUCCGCUACUGCGCUAACACGCCAGCUGUUCCCUCUCAAUUAUUACUGCCUAACUAGUGUUCAUCUCUGUCCUUGUGCUCCUCUCAUAUUUCAGUGAAAGCAGUUAUUAUGCUAAGGACAGUUUGUGUUUGUCUGAAUGCCCAAAGACUGCUGUUGUCCCACAGCUUCUGUCAUGAGUGUAAUGUUAAACAAAGGAGCCUGUUGCAAAAAAACAAUGGUUUCCUACUGCCCUUGCCAGAAGCCAUGUGGAUUGUUACAUAAUGGACAAGUUUCCUGACCAAACCAUUGGCAUCAAAGGGUAUCUAAGUAUUGCUUCUAAUUAUACUUUUAGAGACUGUCGGUGAUGUAUCUAGUAAAUAUGCAUGUAUUCAGCACUGAUUAAUAGCAACAACGAGACUUAAACUAGUUGCUAUUAAUCGGACUGCUUUGCUCUAGUAGCCCAUCCUUCAAGUGUUGUCUCAGAUGAACAAUUUGUUUAAAUGAUUUAAUGCAAUUCAAUGUUGUUUUGGGACUGUUUGCUGUCACCCACAUCUGUAUGGUGGAACGUCAGUUUUGAAAUACUUUGUACAGAUCUUUUUUUGUAUUGAAAUAAAAAGAGAGUU